AUGCAACCCCAUUCUCGGUGGAUCCACUACGUGUGCGUGAUAAUGUGACCGUACCCGUAACGCUUCCACUGAGUAUUGGUUGGCAUAAAUUUUUCCCGUUGCUGUUUUUUUCAUCGUGCAAUAAUAAAUAUGUUUCAAUUCUACAUUUUUUUGUUUUUAUUUGCAAAGAAAUCUUCUUGUCUGCUCGCGGUGAACACAAAAAAAUCAGACCGAAACGAUUUUGGCCUUUGUAAAAGAUCUGAAAACUGAAAUGAUGAAAUAUUGGAAGUUUCUACAAGGGUACAUUAACAAAUCGGAGAGAGCAAUAUUGCUUGCAUCAUCUCUUUCAUAAUCCCAAAAAAAGAGAAUCAAAACGUCUCAGUUGGUAUUUUUCUUGUAAAUUAGUAUUUUUUCGUUGGCCUAAAAUUUAGGACGCCUCAGAAGAAGACAGACGGGAAGACGCGCAUAGACGCAGAGAAAAAGAUGGGAAGAGAGCAAGAGGAUGACCUCGCGUCUUGGCGCGUAGCCAAAAGGUAUUGAUCGAAGAAAGACGCGUCGGUGGGGCGAGAGAGCACGCGUCUGGUGGAGAGGCCAGAAUUGGAACGCCGCCAAGGCGAACGGCACUAACGAAAACAUUCCAACCAGAAAAAAAGUGUUUACGAAGGGCGUCCGAGUAAAUAGCGGCUAUUCAGACGUCCUUUCGUUCCCAACGGAUAUGAACGCUGUCGAGAAUCUCUUGGCAAACAGACUCACUUCUGAACUUUGAAAAUCUUGAAAAAAUAUAUAAUUUGACGCUUUUAAACUCAGUUUCAUUUGAUUUUUAAUAUUUAAGCGCUGUUGAACUCUUCAUGAAUUCGAAUGUGCAAUCGCUUCUGAAGACACAUUUUAACUAUAUAUCUUUCUUUGUUGAUUUCUUUUUCAAAGUCCCAUCUUCGUUCGUCAACUCAAAGGAAAAUGCAGUGUUGUGAAUAGUUUUAUGAACUAUUAUAAUCAUUCUAAUUCUUCAUAGUUCAUAAAAAACAUCUGAUAAAAAACGUUUAUUAUUUUAAAAUUCAUUUUAAAUAUUCAUGAUCUGUGUGAACAGUUGUAAAUCACUUCCAUUUCUUGAAACGGGUUCUAUUUGGACUUUUCCGAAAAGAGAAAAAGUAUUCAGACAAAAGAAUCUGCUGACUCCAAAAUUUUCUAUGACUUUCCUUCCAUCGAUAGUUAAGAAAAUACUAAAAAAAAUCUUAAUCCUUUUCUUUAAUCACUUCAAUUUGUGAAGAGCAAACUUAUUUUUCCUAGUCAGCGGGGAAUGAACUACGAUUGUCAGUCCUUUUUCUCGUUGAAAAUUCAUGCAGCUUCGUACACGAAAGCACUUUCGAGAAACCUUUGAGAGCUGAUUCCGUCUCGGCGGCGGUUUGUAGCCAACAGACGGACAGAUGGCCGGCGGAUCAGUUGGCAAACACGUCGCGAGUGUUUCAGAGAGUGAAACAUAACGAGAUGCUCUGGAAUAAGACAUCUGGAGCCCCCGACGCGCUGAUUGGAAUAAGCGGUCUAAUUAGGUAUGGCUUCCCGGGGCAGCCACCCAUGAAGCUUCCAAGGGAGCUCAUCGCGCCUCUCUUUUACUUUCCUUUCUCUUCCAAAUCGUUUAGUUCACCAGGCACAUUUUUGCCUCUGAAAGAAAUAAAAAGAAAGAAAUUUAUGGAAGUGGUUUGCAUAAUCCAUUCCGUCAGUUCCCAUGAAGCGAUUUACGUCUUUUUUAUCACAAGAUUAGUGUAACGCUCCUGUUCCCAUGAAUUAUUCCCUCUGCGCUGUACGAAUUUCAAUGAGAAUUUCAUUCUAUCAUGAGAGUCUAUAUUUUUCGAGGUGCAGUGGAAAAAGAAAGGAGAACUUCGCCAAGAUUUGAUUAUGAAAUUUAUAACGGUUGCGUGAGCUGAAAGGAGAAUUUGUUGGAGUCGAUGGAUGAGAAUGAUAAGUGGUUCAAUUUAAUUCCUGCGGUCUUUGUCUCGCUUUUUAGAGCACAGAAAAAAAAACGAACCCACGUCGCUUGAUUCCAAUUCCAUUUCUCCAAAAUUCGCCUUUGGAUGUGGGCUCGAGCUAGCGACGACUCUACUAAAUCUUCCACGUUUUUCACGUUUCUCAAUUUGAAAGGGACGUGCCUGGAUCCAAAUGAGAUCCGAGCACCUAAUUCAUUUCUGGAUUUGCGGCUGAGGCUUUUCCAGCCUCGGCGGGCCUCAAUCUUCGCAAAGUGCUUUCUGUAAUAGCGUUCAGCUGAUUGACUCCAUCUCCAAACGCACUUAUUAUGAUUAGAACUACAUAACCAGGACUUUUUGCUUCUCACAAAAAUGUGGAGCCGAAGUUCGGGGGAUCUGGCAUUUUCGCCAAUGACUUGCUAAAUUAUUUUAACGUAGAGAUGAGUGAAAUGAGUAAUUUUUUUAUUAGUUAGGAGAUUAUCAUUUUUUUCAAUGAGACUGACAGGGAAUCUUAGACUCGGAAAAAAACUUAAACUCCAUUCCAGGAUGCUGAGUCAUUUUUCUUGUUUUUUUACUAAUUUUGAAAAUGGAAAGAGGAUGAAAUUUCUCACCUUUGAAAAUUUAUUUUUGCCAAAUAUUUUUGAUUAUGAACGCUGGCACUUCCCAAAUUAUUUUUGCAGUUCGAUUUUUAGAAGUAAUAAAGGUUACAACAAGAAUUAUUUGGAGUAGAAAACUUUUUUUUUUCAUUUUUUUCAAAACUAGAUGAGUUUCUUUUUUUUUAGGAUUAAAAAAAUCUCGUUUCAAAAGCAAGGAAUCUAUCAGAUGUAUAGAGUUGCAAUCUUGUGAAACUAAAAAAAUUUGAAUUUUUUGAACACUCUUGGCAUGAAUGGCGUUGAUUUCCAAGUUUUAAAUCCUUGCUUUUUUUUAUCAAAAUUUGCAGCAUAACUUCUUCUCUUUUCAAGUGAGCUCCUUCAGGAGAUUUUUCUUUGGGUGAAUUUCUACUCAAACUGAUAAGAAUUAAGCUACUCUUCCAAGUUUACAAGUUUAGGCUUUUUCUCCUAUGGUUCAUAUUAUGUAGACUUGUCAUUUGUGAGAGCUUUCUGCUUUCUUGUGCGUCUCGGAAGAUAUCUGAUCCAAAGGUCUGGCGACCUCAAAACGGCGAUGGCGCAGGAGAUGACCUCCGCCUGUCAAUCGAUCGGCGUUCCGGCGUCUCUGACCUCAACACUUCUUGUCUGA